AGGUCGAGAGUGAUGGUGGAUGGAAGGAUCCAGAAGACGGAUCGCUGGGUGAAGGAUGAGGAGAUCACAGUGAACAGGCAUCCCCUCCAGGAGCUUUCGACUGUCGCUUUUAUUGCGCACAAGCCGGCAGGCUACGCCUUGACGCUCGGGGACCCUUUGAAGCGGCCCACCUGUGCGGAGCUCCUGCCGGAUCCCUCGCUGCUGGCGCGCCCAAUUGGGCCCAUUGAUCUGCCCAGCUCCGGCCUGGUGCUGCUGACGAACCGCGCGGAGCUCCGGGGACUGGCAGGACCGAAGCCGCUGGUGGAGUUACCAGCGACCUUCAUGGUGAGGCUGCUGGAUCGGCCCAGCAGCACCCAGCUGGCGCUGCUGGCAUCCACGGCCCACGGCUUCGAUCCGCUGCACGUGGAGGACAUCACUGACGCAGAUGAGGUUGAGGAGGAGACAACCGUACAGCUGUCGCCGCUGCCGGACGAGCUCGGGGCGUUGAUGGGCUCCUCCGAAGCGCGCUGGGAGCGGCCCAGCAGGCCCCCGGCUCCCGCGCCGCAGAAGCAGCUGCCGAUGCUGCUGGUGGCGCUGCGCGGCACGGCGCGCGCGCUGCGGGAAGCGCUUUCCUUUGUGGGUGCUGUGCCGAGGGAGAUCUGCUGUAUCCGCUGGGGCCCACUCAGCUUGGAGGCCGCUCUGACCAGACCGGGAGGCGUGCGGCCACUGUCCCAGGACGAGCUGCAUUCUUUGCUGGACGCCAGUGGCAAAGUUGCGAC